GUAAACCUCGCUUUAUCGUCCAUGAUGUUUGAGGAUGACAGCUUAGGUGACAGAUGUCGUUGCUUGAAAGCUUGUUAUGACUUUUGUGACAUAUGUGUUCGACUGAACCUGCUCAGCUGAUUUUUAUUUUCUUUUGAUUUAUUAACCCUGUGAUCUACACAGACAGCAACAUGGAUAAGCUGACACUCAUUUCGGGAACCUUGUUUUUAGCAGCUGAUAUAUUUGCAAUAGUAAGCUUGGCUAUGCCUGAUUGGAUUACAACGGAAGUUGGAGGUACAAGCGACACGCGUUUGGGUCUCAUGUGGACAUGUAUGACACUGUACAACAGACAGCCUACCUGUUUCACACCAGAUCUGCAACCUGAAUGGCUACUUGCACUCGUCUGCAUCUUUGUUGGGUGUAUAUGUAUCACAACUACUAUAAUUCUCUUAAUAUCAUCUCACUGGGACAGGAAUGUUGUACCAUAUGCAAGAUGGGUUGGUUUCACAGCAAUGGUUCUGUUCUGCCUCGCUGCUGUCAUCUUCCCAAUGGGAUUCAGUGUUGAUGAAAUUGGUGGGCAGCCAUAUCAGCUACCACACAGUCACCAAGUAGGAGUUUCGUACAUCUUAUUUGUAUUAGCUCUGUGGAUCACCGUAAUCUCAGAACUGUUUGCUGGAAAAGUGUGCUUGCCACAUUUUUGAUAUUGUGCUACACAAAGACUAUAGUGGGAAUACUUGUCACUGUACAAGUUGUUCGAAAUAAGGUUUCAUUAGAAACUGUCUUAAAGUAGAUUCUGUACAAUUAUGUAGCUUCAUAUUUCACAAAAAUGCACAGAUAUCAGUAUUUUACAAUUUUAUAAAUGUCUAAUUAUUUUAGACAUGAUUGUAUACCGUAUAGUACAUUAAGACUUCAUUUGAACUAGUAUAUUAUAUUAAACAUGGUUAGACAUUUUUUUCACUUAAACUUUGGAGGAGGGGUGAUAGGUCAAGACUGUUUCAUUGGUCCAUAGAUCUUUCAAUUUAUUGAAUGUUAACAAAAAUACAAAGAAUUGUUUUAAUCACUUUUCUUAAUUUACAGCUUAAAUGUACAACCAUAAGUAUCCCGAAUUUUUAGCUGUGUUACACAACAGGAGAAAUUCCAUAUUAAAUUGUUAUUCUACGAUAAAUAACAUCAAUGUGGCAAAUUAGAACAUGUAUUACUAGCUUUUGAAGAAAGAAAAUGGAACACAGAUGUUAACUGACCACUGCUUUAAAUAAAUUCAUAUUUUAUUAUUUCUAUUAAAGUAUUUGCAUGAUAUGUACAUUUUUCUAUAUUUACAAGGAAACAGAAUUGAUAGGACAGUACUUACCUCUAGGAGAUGAAUUUCCAGCACUGACAAUACAUUCAUUUAAAACCAGAUAAAAACAUGGAUCCUAACCUUUGAAGCCGCCUGAGGAGGAAAG